CCGCCAGCCCUGCCACUGCUGGAGGUGUGGGGAAACCGAGGCAGGCUCGGGGUUGGGCAGAGGGGGGGUGUUGCCUGGCCUCCACCCCCCGCAGCCAUGCAGAGGGCCGAGCCGCCUGGCCUGUGAUCCGAGAGGUUACGUGAGCUGCCCGGGCAGCUGUCCCGAAAUCGGAGCCAGGCCUUGUGGGGCGGGGGAGCAGCUGGGGGGGACCUCAAUUGUGCCAGCUCCCGGGGGCCUGAUGUGAUGUGGGACUGAGCCCCCUCCCCCAGCGGCUGGGCACACUCGGCCGUGCGUCUGCCUGGGCAUCCCCCGUCUGUCCGUGCAUCCAUCAGCGCUGCUGGGGUCACGGUGCCAGGGCUCUGGCCUAGCAACCCCUCGCGCCCCCCCGCAGCUCAGACAGCUGGACCCCCCCGGCAGGGCGCAGGGCCUGCGACACUCAAUCUGCCCGCAGCCGGCUCAGAAUAGCAGCGCCGGGGCGGCUGCAUGGAGCUGCCCGUCGCCACCCAGCAGGUACUGGCGGGGCAUGGGGGGCUGGGGGGCCAGGGGCAGCCCCCGCUGGGGGGACAGGGCCCAGGGGUGGGCCAAGGGCCAAGGUGGCUGCCUGCACCCUCGGCCCAGUUGCACCAGUUCCUUGGCCCCUCCUGCCCCAGGGCCCUGGCACUUGCCAGCCUGGGAGUGCACCCCGCUGUGGUCUGGGAUCCCCCCCUGCCCAGAGCGGGUCCCAUGGGGGGGCUCAGACCCCCUGCAGGGUGAGGCUGGGCCCAGGCCUUAGGCUGCCCUGCUGGUGCCUCCCCAGUAGCAGGUGCAAGGCCCCGGUCACGGCAGUGCCCGCCUCGCUCUGCUUUCCGCCCUGCCAGGUCCGGCCGCUGGACGCCCGGCUGCCCUCGCACCAGGCAGGUGGGUCGGGGCGGCUGUGCAGCGAGCGUUGGUCCUUGGCCCCGCCGGCGCCCCUCACUUCCAACCUGCAGCUCCCUGCUCCCAUCUCCAGCCCUGCCGGUGCUGGUCCUGACCCACAGCUCCAGUUCCUUGCCCCAGCCCCCCGGUGCUCCUCACUCUCAACCCAGGGCUCCCCCCAGUCUCCUCCAUCCUGUCCCCGUCUCUGCUAUCUUGGGGACCCCCUCCCAGUCUGUCCUUGCCAGCUGAGCUGUCCCCUCCAGCCCUGGAGAUAGGAGUGAGGGGCACUGGCAGGGCUGAAGGGUUGGAAAUGAGACUGCUCCCUGUAAUCCCCACGGGGGGCAAAACAGUGGGGUCCCUGCCCCCAGCCAGAGGGUUGGGGGGGUUGCCAGUUUGUCCUACUCCCCAAUGCCCCCCACCCCUGGUCCAGUGUGCAGAGGCCGGGGCUGGGGAUGGGCUGGGAUGGGACUGCCCCCGGUUCACGGGGCUCCUGCUCGUCCCUCCAGGCUCCCACGUGGCCCCACGGGCCCCGUGCUGGGAGGCUGGGGCCCAGGAUGUGGGGCUGGGCCUGGGGGACGCAGGAGCCGACGUGCAGGGCAUGGAGGUUGAGGCCACGGAGCCGGAGCCCCAGGCCACGAGCUCGGGCGAGCCGGAGCCGGUGCCGGUGCCGGACGCGGAGCUGCUGGGGCUGGGCCCGGAGGUGGAGUUCCAGGCGCCGGACGCCGAGGCGUACAUGCGCUUCAUGAUGAGCCACUGCUGCUACGACGCCAUGCCCACCAGCUCCAAGCUCGUCGUCUUCGAGACUUCGCUUGAGAUCAAGAAGGCCUUCCUGGCCAUGGUGGCGAACGGCGUGCGGGCGGCACCGCUGUGGGACAGCCGGCAGCAGUGCUUCGUGGGCAUGCUCACAAUCACCGACUUCAUCAACAUCCUGCACCGCUACUACCGGUCACCCUUGGUGCAGAUCUAUGAGAUCGAGCAGCACAAGAUUGAGACCUGGCGAGAGGUUUACCUGCAAGGCUCCUGCAAACCCCUCGUCUUCAUCUCCCCCAACAACAGCCUCUUUGAUGCUGUCUACUCGCUGAUCAAGCACAAGAUCCACCGGCUGCCCGUGAUCGAGCCGGUGUCGGGCGACGUCCUGCACAUCCUCACGCACAAGCGCCUGCUCAAGUUCCUCCACAUCUUCGGCACGACUAUCCCGAAGCCGCGGUUUCUGCAGAAAACCAUCCAGGAGCUGGGCAUCGGCACCUUCCGCGACGUGGCCAUGGUGCACGAGGCAGCGCCCGUCUAUGACGCCCUCGAGAUCUUUGUCGACCGCCGGGUCUCUGCCCUGCCAGUCGUCAAUGAAGCUGGGAAGGUCGUGGGGCUGUACUCCCGCUUUGAUGUCAUUCACCUGGCGGCACAGAAGACCUACAACAACCUGGACGUGAGCGUGGGCGAGGCCCUGCGGCAGCGCAGCCUCUGCCUGGAGGGUGUCCUCACCUGCUACCCCCACGAGACCAUGGAGGCCGUCAUCGACCGCAUCACCAGCGAGCAGGUCCAUCGCCUGGUUCUGGUGGACGAGCAGCACUUCCCGCGGGGCAUCAUCUCGCUGUCCGACAUCCUCCAGGCACUGGUGCUCACGCCCGCAGGUAUCGAUGCUCUUAACUCUUAAGCCUGCGAUGCUCCAUCUUUUCUCCAUUACCACCCUCCAUUUCCUCCGCUUCUCUCUCCGGCUCAGGUAGGCUCUGCCCCCCAAUCACCCCCACCCCCACCGCAUGCCCCUGCCUGGCUGCCCUGGGGCUGGGAGGGCCCUGUGCCUGCCUCGCGCUCAGGUCUGUAUCCCGUGCCGGCAAAUCCCUUGGCAUCUCCGCAUGCCAUGAACGGGCACCCCCAUGCACCCAGCCUCCACUCCCUGGCCGCAGCUGUCCUGUCAGCCCCGACCCCCCACCCCCACCAGUCCUUGUGCCCCUGGCAGAGGAGCCCCUGAAAUGCAGCAGGUGGAGAUCAGUGGGCAGGCGGGGGGAGGAUGGGGUGUUUCCAUCACCCCCUGGUUCAGGUCUGGUGCAGCUAGGAUCUGGAACCAGCUUCCAAAAAAGGGAGGACGGAGGGAGGACCCGGGCAACUAUAGGCCCGUUAGUCUUACUUUGAUCCUGGGGAAGCUCUUUGAGAAAAUUAUCCAGGAGCACAACUGUGAGGGACAAGCAGCAGGGACGAUGCUCAGGGGCAACCAACAUGGGUUCAUUAGGGGCAGGUCCUGUCAGACCAACCCGGGGGCCUUCUAUGACCAGGUCACAAAAUCCUUGGAUGCAGGGGUAGCAGUGGACCUUUAAUAAAGAUAAAUGCAAGGUACUCCACCUGGGAAGGAGGAACCCCCAGCACACCUAUAGGUUAGGGAGCGUCCUUCUCAGCAGCUCGGAGGCAGAGAGGGAUCUGGGAGUCAUAAUUGACUCCAAGAUGAACAUGAGCCGGCAGUGUAACGAGGCCGUCAACAAGGCCAAUCACACCUUGCCGUGCAUUAGCAGGUGCACGACUAAUAGAUCAAAGGAGGUGAUGCUCCCCCUCUAUGCGGCACUGGUCAGGCCCCAGUUGGAGUACUGUGUCCAGUUUUGGGCGCCGCACUUCAAGAGGGACGCGGAGAAUCCCGAGAGGGUCCAGAGGAGGGUCACUUGCAUGCUUAGUGGCCUUCAUGAUAGACCCUACGGGGGGAGGUUGAGAGAGCUGAAUCUCUUCAGCCUUCACAAGAGACGGCUGAGGGGAGAUAUUGUGGCUGCCUAUAAAUUUAUUAGGGGAGGUCAACGGGGAACAGGGGAAGCGCUGUUUACUAAGGCACCCCAGGGAGUGACUAGGAAUAAUGGGUGCAAACUAGUGGAGAGUAGAUUCAGGUUAGACAUUAGGAAGAAAUUUUUCACAGUAAGGGUGGCCAGGAUCUGGAAUGGGCUUCCAAGAGAGGUGGUGCUGUCACCUAGCUUGGAGGUCUUCAAGAGAAGGCUAGACAGUCACCUGGCUGGCGUCAUCUGACCUCGGUCCUCUUUCCUGCCAGGGGCAGGGGGCCGGACACGAUGAUCCAUUGUGGUCCCUUCCGACUUGACAGUCUAUGAAUCUAUGGAUGUAGUCUUUCUGGACUUCAGGAAGGCCUUUGACACUGUCUCUCACCCCAUUCUCAUUAAAAAGCUAGGCGACUGUGGCCUACACAGUCAGAUGGGUCGCUAGUUGGCUGAGGGGUUGCACCCAGAUAGUGGUGGUGGACGGGUCAUUUUCGACCUGGAGGGCUGUGGGCAAUGGGGUCCCCCAGGGCUCGGUCCUCGGGCCUGUGCUGUUCAACAUCUUCAUCAGCGACUUGGACGAGGGGGUGAAAAACACCCUGUUCAAAUUCAGAGACGACACUAAGAUGUGGGGAGAAGUGGGCAUGCUGAAAGGGAGGGACAGGCUGCAACUAGAUCUGGACAGGUUCCAGGGGUGGGCGGAUGAGAACAGGAUGGGGUUCAACACUGACCAGUGCAAGGUGCUGCACCUGGGGAGGAAGAGCCAGCAGCAGACGUAGAUGCCGGGGAACUGCCUUCUCGUCAGUGCAGAGGCAGAAAAGGAUCUUGGAGUCAUUAUUGAUGCCACAGUGAACAUGGGCCGACAGUGUGGAGACACGGUCAGGAACGCCAACCGCACCUUGUCGUGCAUCCACAGAUGCAUCUCGAGCAGGGCCAAGGAGGUGAUCCUCCCCCUCUAUGCGGCACUGGUCAGGCCGCAGCUGGAGUACUGCGUCCAGUUCAGGAGGGAUGUGGACAGCAUGGAGAGGGUCCAGAGGAGGUCACCCCCAUGAUCCGGGGACAGCAGGGCAGGCCCUACGAGGAGAGGCGACGGGACCUGAACCUGUGCAGCCUUCGCAAGAGAAGGCUGAGGGGGGACCUGGUGGCCAUUUACAAACUAGUCAAGGGGGACCAGCAGGCAUUGGGGGAGUCCCUGUUCCCCCGAGCACCUCCCAGAGUAACAAGGAAUCAGCCAUAAAUUGACCGAGCGUAGGUUCAGACUAGAUAUCAGGAGGCGCUACUGCACGGUCAGGGUGCCUAGGACCUGGAACCAGCUUCCAAAGGAAAUGGUGCUCGCCCUUACCCUGGGGGGCUUCAAAAGGAGACUUGAUAAUUACCUGGCUGGGGUCAUACGAGCCCAGUUUUCUCUCCUGCCCAGGGCAAGGGUCAGACUUGAUGAUCUACUUAGGUCCCUUCCGACCCUACAUCUAUGAACCUAUGAAUCUGUCUGCAAGCCAGUCUUGGCCCUUUGUUUCUCCCUAACCCUGGCAGGGCUUCACUGGGUUGGGGACAGAUGGGCAAUAUCCCCUGGGGGGCACGGCCUCAGCUGGCCAGCGUGCAAGACUGACGCAGCCUGGCAUGAGCAGAGGCCCCCCUCUAUUAGGGGCAUCUCCCCCCCACCAACAUGGCACUGAGGGGGCAAAGACUGCCAGCUGCCAUGGAUCCUGCAGGGCUGGGGCCACGCACAUGCUUGCUGCGGCAUGGGGCAGCUUGCAGCCGUCACUGUCCACAGGCCUUGAGGGCCCUGAGCCCCCCACCAGCCACGUGGUGCCUGUGCUCUGUGUCCCCCACACCCUCCCGCCAGCUGUGCUCCACGUGGCCACGGGUGUGGGGUGAUGUCUGUCGGGUGUCAGGGGUGGGGCAGCCCGGAGCUACCCCCACCCCACUCCAGUGCCUGCCUUUGGCCACUGUCCUCAGCCCAGGGGCCAGGUGUAGUGCCACAGCCCCAGGGGUGGUUCGGCACAUGGCACUGGCUGCCACUGGGGGUAACAGGGGCAGGGGUGGGUUUGGAGUGGUGGGCGCUGCAGCACGGGAGGGUGCAAGGCGAGGCAGGACGGGUGCUGGGCAGGAGGGUCGAGGCGCAGCGAUGCCCAUGCUCUGCAGGGGGGGGGUGUCCCAGGCUGGGGUUGCCCCCCACCCCCGGGGUCAGGGGGUUGAAGCCCCCCCCCAGAGGCACUGAGUGCUGGGGACUGUGCCAAUGCUCCUGCUGGGAUUCAGCCCCGCAGGGUCCUGACUGGAGGCUCUUGCCCCCCCGCUCACGCUGCAUGGGGGAGGGCAGGGGGCAAGCAGGGAUUUGCCCCCUGCUCAGCCUGGCCUGGCCUGGGGGAUUUCCCCUCCCUCUGCAGCGGGGUACAGCCUGGGCCUGGGCUCUCCCCAGUGCCCACCAACCCCCCUGGCAGCAGCAGGACGUUGGGGCCGUGGCCCUCUGUAUCCUGGGGGUGGAGGCAAUGCCUAGGCUGUGUCGGGGCAAUGGUGUCAUGCGGCUCCGAGGUCUCACACGGGGUUUGUCAGGGGAGGUUGGACGGGGCUGACCCUCCCUCGGGCUGGAUGCGGCCCUGCAGCUCCCUGCCAGGGGCUCUGGGACUCUGCAAUGCCUCAGUGGGGGGCUGGGAAAAGGGUGGGAGGGGGGAUGUGACCCCCUGCCCCUUUCUCCGCAGGCAUCGACCGGAGCUCGCUCUGAAGAGCUGCUGCCCCCCGGGAAGAGCCGCAGCUCUGGCAAGGGACCCGACCUGCUUGCGCCGCUGGGCGGGGAGGAGUGAAGCUGUCUUGGCAUCACCUUCCCUGGGACCUGAGACGACGCCUGCCUGGUACCCGAUGCCCUGCCCGUGGUGCGAGGCUCUGACCUUCGCAUGGCCCGGUUGCAGGCGGCCAGACCCGGCCCUGGCACCCGUGCCCAGGGGGAGACUCAUGGGGAAUGGGUUUGCUGGCGUGGGGCUGGGGGGGGCACGGCCAUGCUCAGCCGGUCUGGUCCUGUCUGUGCUUCUCAUGCUCGGCCAGACGUGGGGCUGCUUGCCCCCUCGCUUCUCCCUGCAAGGCCCCGGACCCCUGGGUCCCCUAACUGGGACACAGACGGUGCCAGAGGGCCCUGGGCUUGUGCCAAGGCCUAGGCACAUUUGACUUUUAGGCACCUGGAGCUGGGCUAGAGUGGGAGCAGGCGCCUGGCUGAUGCUGCCCCUGGCCCAGCGCUUGCUUGGGGUAGGGGUGGGCACUGGGGGCUGUUGCUUGCCCCUGGCUGCCCCCCGCCCUCCUCCUGCUGCUUGGAGCUGUGAAAUAAACCUUGGGACUGCA